AUGAAAGUCUUUAUCUCGAACAACUACGGAGGUGAAAUCUGCAAAUUUGAAUUUGUAAGAGAGGAAGAAGACUGCUUUGGAUUCGCUGUGAAGAUCAACGGAUUUAUAGAGACAAACAGUGUUAGAAUUCAGCAUUUAGCCAGCACAAGCAAGUUUGUGAAAGACGAGCUUUAUUUUAAAAUUCCAAGAAACAUCAUCCCCACAUUCCAAAGCAAAAACUUUAAAGUUGAGUAUAGGGCCGACUGUACAAUGGUUUACAAAGAUAAGAAACAAGGCUUUACUUUUCCAAUAAAUAUAUUCAACAACAAUAUCGAAGAUUUUAAUUAUCGAGAUCCUAUAUAUAUAGAGCUGGGAAUCAUAGAGGAAGACGAAUUUAUAAAAAAUAGAGCAACGGUCUGCCGGAUAUUACUGGAUAAUAUGAAUAUAGGCGACAAUCCGCUGAACUACUUCAACUAUACCUUAGAGAAUAAUGAUACAAGCAACAGGCCGGAAUCUGUCUCAUUUAUAGAGAGAAAGAUGGAAUACGGCACGCCCGUCUCUUCGCCAUCGAUAGACCUUGCAGACUUAGAGUCGGCAGCGGCCGAUAAGCAGCUUAAAAUGGCAUCAGAUAGUGAUACAAAUAGUAUGCAAAACAACAAUGUGGUCCUAAGCUCUGAAGAACCAUCAGAGCUGUUUUCGGAUGGUAUAGCCAUAGGCAAUAAGACUAGUAUUAAAAAAGAUGUGAGCACCAGUAAUUCACAAUGGCAACAAUCAGACAAUAAAGAUAAAAAAGAAGAAGACAGCACCAUUGAUAGUAUUUCAGAACCUCUUCCAAUACGAAACAUGGACGAAGCUAAACACUUAGAUUUGUUAAACAGCUUUCCUGAGCAGUUGCUUGAUGAAGUUAGAUCUGUAGCCGAGAAUAUUGUCGAUGAAGCCAUCAAGCAAGCACAUAGACCAGAUAAUUCAGUAUUAGAAAAGUGCGAAAAGGAAGAUAUGGCAAGACCAAUUUCAGACGAGUUGAAACGGAGUUUAGGUCAAAUUUUGUCAAAAAUGUUUGAAGAAAAAUGCAAAAUUGAGUCAGAAAUGCUAAAAACGUUGCAGAAGAUCCAACAAAAUACUAGAACGCCUGUAUUUUCAGAAAGAAAUGUUCUUCAAAUACAGAAUGAUGAAAGCUCAUACGUUGUGAUGGGCGAGGAUGGUAAGUUAGCAUCAAUCUACCAUCCGAGGUUCAUUCAAAGCCAAAGCUAUGUGAAGAUAGUCUAUUUGAAGAAUGUAAGGAACACGCAAGUCCAGAUUUGGAGAGAAGAUAUGGCAGAUGGAAGGCUUAUAGACGCCCAGAGCAUCUAUUCAGUAACAUUUGAUUCUGAUAAUUGCUUGAAGAAAAUUUUUGAAUUUGAUAUUGAUGGAUUUACACUCAAAACCUUUGCUUUUGAGGUGUUGUAUGUGCUAAAGAUUGAAAUGGAUGGCUCGGAGAUCAGGGUGCCUUUAACUGUUUUAUCACCAAAUACCAUAACGUCAAUUAGCAAUUAA